AGAGCGCAGAGCAACGUGCAGGACGAUGCGGGGGUUUCUCAACUCCGCGCCACUCGUCUCUUCUGAAGGAUAGGCUUUACCUAUCCCCUUGUAAAUUAUAUUUUUGUAGGAUUUUGAUAUUUUUUUUCAUCCAAGACUGUCUCCGGACCAAUAUUUUGCAUUCUGAUCGGAAAAGACGACUGCAGUUGAUUUCACUUGUCUCAACUGAAUACCCACGGCGUAGCGAAAUAGAGGCACUUUGAGUGAAGGACGCGUUGGUUUACUUACAAUCAUUCAACAGAUUAAAACCUUCCGCGGACCAAAGUUGAUCUGGAUAUCUGCUUGCCUGGAUAGAUCGCAACCAUGGCGGAUGCUGCAGCCGAAUACGGCGUGAAAGUAAUGUGCCGAUUCAGGCCACUAAAUGAAUCCGAAAUAACAAGAGGAGACAAAUACAUCCCCAAAUUUAAAGAAGACGACACCGUGGUUAUAACUGGUAAACCAUAUGUCUUUGACCGCGUCCUGCCUCCCAACACAGCCCAGGAGCAGGUCUACGAUGCCUGUGCCAAACAGAUUGUUAAAGACGUCCUUGGAGGAUACAAUGGAACCAUCUUUGCCUAUGGACAGACCUCCUCGGGGAAGACCCACACCAUGGAGGGCAAGCUCCACGACCCCCAGCUGAUGGGCAUCAUCCCACGCAUCGCUCACGACAUCUUCGAUCACAUCUACUCCAUGGACGAGAACCUCGAGUUCCACAUCAAGGUCUCGUAUUUUGAAAUCUACCUGGACAAGAUCCGAGACUUACUAGAUGUGUCAAAGACCAACCUGGCUGUGCAUGAGGACAAGAACAGAGUUCCCUAUGUCAAGGGUUGUACAGAGCGCUUUGUGUCCAGUCCAGAGGAAGUCAUGGAUGUCAUCGAUGAGGGAAAGGCCAACCGGCACGUGGCUGUGACAAACAUGAAUGAGCACAGUUCCAGAAGCCACAGCAUCUUCCUGAUCAACAUCAAACAAGAGAAUGUGGAAACAGAGAAGAAACUGUCAGGGAAGUUAUACCUGGUAGAUCUGGCUGGUAGUGAGAAGGUCAGUAAAACAGGUGCUGAAGGAGCCGUGUUGGACGAAGCUAAAAAUAUCAAUAAGUCCCUCUCUGCUCUGGGGAAUGUCAUCUCUGCUCUGGCUGAGGGAACAAAAACCCACGUCCCGUACAGAGACAGCAAGAUGACCCGUAUCCUGCAGGACUCUCUAGGGGGGAACUGUAGGACCACCAUCAUCAUCUGUGCAUCUCCCUCUAUCUACAACGAGUGUGAGACCAAGUCUACCCUCAUGUUCGGACAGAGAGCCAAGACCAUCAAGAACACCGUGUCUGUGAACCUGGAGCUGACUGCCGAGGAGUGGAAGAACAAGUACAACAAGGAGAAAGACAAGAACAAGAGUCUGAAGAACGUCAUCCACAGACUGGAGAUGGAGCUCAACCGCUGGAGGAACGGUGAGAACGUCCCUGAGGAGGAGCAGCUGAGUGCUAAGGAGCAGAAGCACCUGGAGCCGUGUGACAACACUCCCAUCAUAGAUAACAUGGCUCCAGCUAACGGCCUGGUCCUGGUCUCCACCGAGGAGAAGAGCAAGUACGAGGAGGACAUCAGCAAUCUGUACAAACAACUGGACGACAAGGAUGAUGAGAUCAACCAGCAGAGCCAGCUGGCUGAGAAACUCAAGGAACAGAUGUUCGACCAGGAUGAGCUGCUGGCGUCGACGAGAAGGGACUAUGAGAAGAUCCAUGAGGAUCUGUCUCGUCUGCAGACAGAGAACGAGGCUGCCAAGGAGGAGGUGAAGGAGGUGCUGCAGGCGUUGGAGGAGCUGGCUGUGAACUACGACCAGAAAAGCCAGGAGGUGGAGGACAGGAGCCAGGCCAACCAACAGCUGCAGGAGGAGCUGCAGCAGAGGACUAUGGUCCUGUUGUCAGUUCAGAGGGAGCUGACCACACUCCAGGAGCUCAGUGGACACCAGAAGAAGAGAGCUGCAGAGAUCCUCUACCUGCUGCUCAGAGACCUCAGUGAGAUAGGAGCCACCAUGGGCACCAGCGACAUCAAGGUGAUGGCUGAAGGGAACGGUAACGGUGGAGUGAUUGAGGAAGAGUUCACCAUGACCCGUCUCUUCAUCAGUAAGAUGAGGUCAGAGGUCAAGUCUCUGGUGAACCGCUCCAAGCAGCUGGAAAGCUCCCAGAGUGACACCUCAUGCAAGAUGGCCGCCAACGAGAAGGAGCUGGCUUCCUGUCAGCUGCUCAUCUCCCAGCACCAGGCCAAGAUCAAGUCCCUGACAGACUACAUGCAGAACAUGGAACAGAAGAAGAGACAGCUGGAGGAGAGUCAGGACGCUCUGACUGAGGAGCUGGCCAAGAUGCACGCUCAGGAGAAAAUGCACGAGGUGUCAGUGGUGGACACGGAGAAGGAGCACAUCAGUAGACUGGAGGGUGAAGAGGAGAUUAAGAAGACUCUAGAACAGCAGAUGGAGGCUCACAGAGAGGCCCACCAGAAGCAGCUGGCCCGACUCAGGGACGAGAUCGAUGACAAACAGAGGACGCUGGAUGAACUCACAGAUCUGAACCAGGGCCUGAUGCUGGAGCAGAGGAGGCUGAUGUCUGACCAUGAGAAGCUGAAGGUGGAGGAACAGGAGAAGGACAUGAAGCUCCAGAAGCUGGUCAUCUUCAACGAGCAGAGGGAGCAGGCCAGACAGGACCUGAAGGGAUUGGAGGAGACUGUGGCCAAAGAGCUGCAGACUCUUCAUAACCUACGCAGGAUCUUUGUUCAAGACCUCACAACACGCGUCAAGAAGAGUGCAGAGCUGGACUGUGAGGAUGGAGUGGGCAGCGCCGCCCAGAAACAGAAGAUCUCCUUCCUGGAGAACAACCUGGAGCAACUCACUAAAGUCCACAAGCAGUUGGUGCGUGACAAUGCGGACCUGCGCUGCGAGCUUCCCAAGCUGGAGAAGCGUCUUCGGGCCACGGCCGAGCGGGUCAAGGCCCUGGAGAAUGCCCUGAAGGAGGCCAAGGAGAACGCUAUGAGGGACAGGAAACGCUACCAGCUAGAGGUGGACCGCAUCAAGGAGGUUGUCAGGGCCAAGAACAUGGCCAGGAGAGGAAACUCCGCUCAGAUCGCUAAGCCUAUCCGGCCAGGCCAACACCCCAUGUCUUCCCCUACAGUCGUCAGAGGAGGAGGCCUCUACAGCCACAGCUACAACCACAGCACCAAGUAACCAUGUAGAAUGUAGACCCUGAGUCACAAGUGCAUGUGUGGUAGGUACAGACUGUCCCAUUCCCAGUAAGACCCCACUGUCCUCAUCCUCCUGUCCUUCCUCUGGGUCUAGGAGUAAGACCCCUCUGUCCUCAUCCUCCUGUCCUUCCUCUGGGUCUAAGAGUAAGACCCCUCUGUCCUCAUCCUCCUGUCCUUCCCUGGGUCUAGGAGUAAGACCCCACUGUCCUCAUCCUCCUGUCCUUCCUCUGGGUCUAAGAGUAAGACCCCUCUGUCCUCAUCCUCCGGUCCUUCCUCUGGGUCUAGGAGUAAGACCACUCUGCCCUCAUCCUCCUGUCCUUCCUCUGGGUCUAGGAGUAAGACCCCUCUGCCCUCAUCCUCCUGUCCUCCCUCUGGGUCUAGGAGUAAGACCCCUCUGUCCUCAUCCUCCUUUCCUUCCUCUGGGUCUAGGAGUAAGACCCCCCUGCCCUCAUCCUCCUGUCCUUCCCUGGGUCUAGAAGUAAGACCACUCUGCCCUCAUCCUCCUGUCCUUCCCUGGGUCUAGGAGUAAGACCCCUCUGCCCUCAUCCUCCUUUCCUUCCUCUGGGUCUAGGAGUAAGACCCCCCUGUCCUCAUCCUCCUGUCCUUCCUCUGGGUCUAGGAGUAAGACCCCUCUGUCCUCAUCCUCCUUUCCUUCCUCUGGGUCUAGGAGUAAGACCCCCCUGCCCUCAUCCUCCUGUCCUUCCCUGGGUCUAGGAGUAAGACCCCUCUGCCCUCAUCCUCCUUUCCUUCCUCUGGGUCUAGGAGUAAGACCCCUCUGUCCUCAUCCUCCUGUCCUUCCUCUGGGUCUAGGAGUAAGACCCCUCUGUCCUCAUCCUCUUGUCCUUUCCUGGGUCUAGGAGUAAGACCCUUCCGUCCUCAUCCUCUUGUCCUUCCUCUGGGUCUAGGAGGAAGUCCACUCUGCCCCCUUCCACUCUACUCUGUGGCAUCUUUCAUAGUUUUCACAUACUGUAUGUCUCUCUUUUCCAUUGUACAUGUACAUAUAUAUUUCAUUGUAGUGUUGUCUUGGAUGGGAAGAUGUGUGCUGAUAGAAGGUGACAUGUAUAUUACAGAGGGUGUUAUGCCGUCACUAAGAACCACAUUGUAUAGUAUAUGACAGUCACAGUAAUGUAAACAGGAUCUUGACUUGUUGAAGAAUCCUUUGCUUUGCCGACUGCAUUAGGAAUGUAUGAUAGUUCACCUAAAGAAGUUCAAAGGUCAGACUGGAAUGAUCGUCCACCUGCACUGUGUUUUGCACCAUAUUCAUUUACUUCAGUUGUGAUCAGCACAUUGUUUUUGCUCUAUUGUAUUGGUAAGCAUAUUGGUUAAUGGUUUACCAAUGCUUUUAGAGACACUUUAAUCUUAAAAGAAGCUAAGUCUGAAUGUAAUGUUUUAAUUCACUUACAAAACAAGCUGUGCUCUAUUUAAUCAAUAAGGCCAGAGGGGGUGUGGUAUAUGGCCAAUCUACCACGGCUAAGGGCUGUUCUAAAGCACGACGUAGUGCAGGGUGACUGGAUACAGCCCUUAGCCGUAGUAUAUUGGCCAUAUACCACAAACCACCGAGGUGCCUUAUUGCUAUUAUAAACUGGUUACCAACAUAAUUAGAGCAGUAAAAAUAAAUGUCUUGUCAUAACCGUGGUAUACGGUCUGAUAUACCACGGCUGUCAGCCAAUUUUACCAAGUCUCAAAUUGUGAGGUAGAUUUCAAUAUCCACCAUUAGAGGGCAGUGUUUGACAGCUUAGUGCACUGCACUGUAUCCAUACUAGGCUAAUGCAGUGAUGCUGAUCAGCCAAUCAGAGAUGUUCAUGCAGUGAUCCUGGGGAACAGUGCAAUACACUCUAUAUCCAAAACACAGAAAGAGAAGAUGGUAAAAAUGUAUGUUUUAAUGUAAGCUUUCUACUUACACUGUGGCUCCAAUUGUUUUAGUUAUUUAUCACCGUACUUGCCUCUCACCACUUGCCAAACCGUCAUUGUAAAUUAACAUGUCUUUGUGACUGACUUGCCUAAUAUAAACUAAUUUUAAGUAUGGUCAUGUAAAUAAAUCUCAUCAGGAAGUGAAUUAUGUUUAAUCUGAAUGGAGGUCCAUUCCCCAAGUAUGUGUUGAUAAUUCUGUUAUGCUUUUAAUCUGAUCAUCUCAGAGCAUGAUUUGGGUAUAUGUACAUAAGGUUCUAGAUGUGUGUUCCAUUUGUAAAUGAUUACAUUUUUGCAGCUUUCACCGCCAUGCCUAUAGCUGCUUACCGUAGUAUGGCUAUGGGAUAUUGUAAGACGUUCCCUCAAUGAAGGAACAGCACCACAAGGCAAAUUAGCUUUGAGAUGUUGCUUUGAACUCUGCCUUUGAACAUAUGGAUGGCUCCAAAUAAAAGCAGGAAUAUGAUUGAUUAAUGGCAAUAAUAACUGCAUGGUGUAUAAUUCAUUUUAAAUGUUUAAAUCGGAGCGAAUAAAUAAAGAUAUUUAACAUAAA